UGCCCUGCACAGCAAAAUCGACGUCUAAAACGUCAUCAAAUUUCAGAUGGACGGAUCCUUUAGAGCCGCGAAGGAUGGUGGAAAACUCGCUGCCAUAGAAGGCCAUAGAAAGCAUAAUCCAAAACGAGCUUUAAAAGGGAAAGAUUUAGAUACUUAACCCAACAUAAGCAAUUUUUACUUGUACACGUCGUUCCUUUUGCAUCAUCGGCUCUGACCGAGAGGACUGCAUAAAGGGGCUGGAAAGGUUCUGGGAGCGAGAAUGGAGCGGGCGCCAAGCACAAGCCCCAGCGGCGUAAGUCAGCCCUCACAACCUGCCCAGCAUGAACCUAUUAGUUUUGGCAUUGACCAGAUUCUCAGUUGUACUGACCAGGAAGGAUCACAGAACACAACCCGGAGUGGUUCGGAUACUGGCAACUCCACAAGUGGAGGAGGUUACCACCUCGAUAGUCCAACUGGAGCCAGUGCAGCGCCCUUUACUUCGCGUUCCGGUUCUUUUCAUGGCCUUGCAUCACCAUACGAGGAACCAAGUGCAUACGGAGUGAACUUGACUUUCACCCCAGGAGGGGUGAUACGCGUCCCGGCGCACAGGCCGCUGGCCGCCGCAGUGCCUCCUUCUUUAGCCAGCGCGGUACCAGGGCUAGGGAGCAUCAGCUUCCCCUGGAUGGAGAGCAGCCAAAGAUUCGCAAAGGAAAGAUUCGCAGCUGCACUGACGCCAUUCACAGUGGCCCGGCGAAUUGGUCACCCCUACCAGAACCGCACCCCUCCGAAGAGGAAGAAGCCGCGGACGUCCUUCUCCCGGGUGCAGAUCUGUGAGCUGGAGAAACGCUUCCACAGACAGAAGUACCUAGCCAGCGCUGAGCGGGCUGCUCUCGCCAAGACCCUCAAGAUGACCGACGCUCAGGUCAAGACCUGGUUCCAGAACCGCAGGACCAAGUGGAGGCGACAGACGGCCGAGGAGAGGGAAGCGGAGCGUCAGCAGGCCAAUCGGCUGAUUAUCCAGCUGCAGCAUGAUGCCUUUCAGAAGUCCCUGAGCGACUCAGUUCCAUCCGAUCCACUCUGCAUCCACAACUCCUCCCUGUUCGCACUGCAGAACCUGCAGCCGUGGGCUUCUGAGGAAGCAGCAAAGAUGGGCCGUGUCACUGCUCUAGUGUGACAGGGACAGGGUGGGGCCCUCUGGACAUUACACACUGACUUGCCCAAAAGCUUACUGACUGAUAUCUAAGAAACUGCACCAAGGUGACUGACCGGUGAGCAAAGUGAAUUGAGUGAUUUAUUAUUGUCCUUCCAGAACAUAGCCAAAGUGAGUCUGAAGAUGAAACAAAAACUCUGUAGUUUCCUACCCUGAUAUGAUCUGGCCAUGCAGAACGUACACUGCAUGGGCCCUUGUGUCAGAUAAGACAUGGGUGGUAGCUAAUGACCUGUGGCGAUGUAUGUGACACACAUCACUGAGCCAGCCCCAUAAUUCCAAAUGGACAUAUUGACUGACUGACGCAGCACAGAUUGGAACAUUUCUUCCUCCCACGUCCCAUCUGUUCAUUCACCACUAGUUACACUACCAGCUCUGUGCCCUUGCAUCUAAAAGCUGAUCAGUCUGCAAAGGAGAAAAUUGAUGGGAAAUGGAGAGAGAGUGAGAAUACACUAAUAUUUUGAGAAUAUAUAAACCUUUAUUGUUGCAUGGAAUCAAUCUAAUCAUCCUCUCCUUUUCCAUCUUGAAUUAAAUCGAAUUGUUUCCUCUCUGGACUGCUAGUAAGAAGGAUUUUUGUAUUGGCGGACAUAGGCAACACUGAUCCUAGAAAGCCACUGAAUGUAGGUACACGUGCAGGCUUCAAUUCCAAUCUAUUAUCACUCUAAAGCUCUAUUAGGGGUCAUACAGUGGUUACAUUUAAAUAAGAAGGGAAACUAUAAAACCAGAUAUCUACAAGUGAGAUUUUGUAGGAUCGACUGCUUACUGUUCUAUUGGGGUAGUGUUUAGUUUUGUCUGGACAUCCAAAACUAGAUAACCCCUACCUUCUUAAACAGGAUCCACCCGGAAUACUAGCAAUACAUAAAUAUAUAUUAAAUAUAUAUUAACCUUCAAUAUAUUAACCCUUCAAUUAAAUAUAUUUAAUUGAAGGGUUAAUACACAGCUCAAGGGCUAUUUUAGAAGAAUAACAUUUGCCAGUGGGGCAAGAAGCAAUCCAGUAAGAGGAAGCUGUUUUAUUCGUGUCAGGCUGGACCCAUUCACUGGGACGGACAUGAGAGUGGCAUACUAGACCUGAGUCCUAUGAGACAUCUGAGAAUGUUUGAGGUAGUGCAAUAGAUGGAUGAUAACAAGAGGCCUCCCUAUGUAUUAUACUUUGUAUUUGAUAAAUAUGUAAAUAACUAACCAAAACCUAAUGACUAAAAAGUAUUAUCUUGUU